CCGUAAAUUAUGUGAGAAUCAAAGCACUGGAAGAUAGUAUAAGGAAGGACAUAAUUAGCGAUACAAAUUCAAUGCACAAAGCCAUCACUCCUGUACUUAUUUUAGCGCAAAUGUUCGCUAUUUUACCAGUUCAAGGCAUUAGAGGACAAAACACUAGUUAUUUAGUUUUCAAUUGGUUAACCUGGUCAGUUAUGUAUAGCUUUAUUGUAAUUGGGAUGUCUAUCUUGAUGGUUUCGUUUAUAAUAUUCAACUUGUAUAAUAAUGGACUGACAUACGACAUUACUGGUGAUAUAGUAUAUUUUGGAGGUUCACUAGCCGUUUAUAUAGUUUUUAUCCAUUUGGCAAGGGAAUGGCCAAAAGUUAUGGAAAGAUGGGAACUAAUGGAACGUGAAAUGAAACAAUAUGGAUACCCACUUAAUUUGGCUUUUAAGUUUAAAAUUUUAACAAGCAUCAUAAUUUUACUCUCAUCGAUUGAACACUUUGCUAGUAUUUUAACGGGAGUAUUAAGAGUUAUACCUUGCUCAUCGGAUGGACUAGAUAUUUUUCGAGCUUACUUAUUGACAUCGUUUAAAACGGUCUUUACGUCUAUAAACUACUCGCUCUUAGUAGCUAUACCGUUGAUGUUUUUUGAUUGUCUAUUUUCUUUUGUUUGGAAUUUUAUGGAUUUAUUCAUAAUUAUACUAGCUUGUGCUUUAACCAACAGAUUCAAGCAACUAAAUCAAAAAUUGGACAGUGUCAGGGGAAAAGUACUUCCAAGUAUAUAUUGGCGAAAAUCUAGAGAAACAUAUAAUAUUUUAGCGUCAUUAACUCACGACUUUGAUGAAUUUCUAUCACCAGUGAUAUUAUUAUCAUUCGGUCAUAAUUUGUACUUUAUUUGCUUACAACUUCUUAAUAGUUUGAAGCCUAUGCACAGUUCUUGGGAAGCUCUAUGUUUUGCAUUUUUAUUUACAUAUCUAGUUGGUAGAACAUGCGCAGUAUCUUUGUACGUCGCAUCUAUUAAUGAUCAAAGCAAAAAACCAAAAGGCGUCUUAUUCUCUGUGCCAGCAGAGUGUUAUGGAGUCGAGGUAGAAAGAUUUUUAACACAAGUAUCUGCUGACGAAUUAUCAUUUACUGGUUGUAAUUUUUUUUCUGUCACUAGGACGUUUAUGCUAACGGUAGCUGGAACUAUAGUCACGUACGAGAUUGUAUUAAUACAAUUUAACAAUGUGGCUAGCGGAGUCGCUGAUCAAAAUAAUACUUUUAUUAAUAUUUGUCCGUAGUUAUUAAAUGAUGCAUAGAUUGGCUGGAAAAUGAAACGAAGUUAAUUAACUCUUUAGUGAUUAAGGACUAAAAUGGAAAAUUAUAAUAUGUAUAGGAACCAAUAAUUUGUUUGAUACGAUUAAAUGUAUUUUAAAGUAUUUGUAAACAUCAGGCAUAUUUCCUUAAUUUCAUAAUUAAAGAAGUCAUAUAUUUCGUAACAUAAAUAAUCACAAAAAUAUAACUGUCAGAUAAAAAUAAAAAUAUUUACCUUUGUUAGUAGGCAAUUCGUAAUAUGCAAAUACUAAUAAAUCUUAGCAGAAAAGAGCAUUGUGAAUUUAGAUAUUUUAAUGAUGGAAAGUUCUUCAAACAAAUGAGUGCGUUGUGAAUAAUGUCAUAAUACUUACUGUAUUUUUUUUUUAGUAUGAAUA